UCCCCGUUGGCCCACAGCGCUCCGCGGCCUGGUCCGCACGUGGGGCCUGGUCCCGCCGAACGCGCCCGGGCCCGGCGGGUCCGCGCCCCCGGCGGGGUCCGGCGCCGCGGCCUCUGCCCGCCAUGGCGCCGCCGCCCGCCGAGCCGCAGCCGGAGGCGGUGCCCGAGCCGGCGGUGGAGCAGUGGCGGCAGUACAACGAGACCGAGCGGCAAUGGGCGCUGCGCCGCCGCUUCAUCCUCCGACACCUGCCCGCCUACCCCGGCGCAGCCAUCGACCAGCUGCUCGCUCUCUCCGUGCUCUGGACCAACCACGUCUUCAUGGGCUGCAGAUACGGGGUGCAGGUCAUGGAGAAGGUUCUCAAGAUGGCCGAAGGCAUCGACAUCGGUGAGACGAGGACCUACGAGUUGGUUCCCAGCAGGAAGCUCAAGAGACACCGCUCUCCAUCAGACAGUCCAGAGCCGGAGGUGAUUCCUGAGCCACCCAAGAAGGUGGUCCCCAAGUUCCGAGUGCGACCACGUUUUGAACCCAUACACUUUGUCACCAGUGCUGAGAAGGAUGGCAAGAAGGACAGUUCUCUGGAUAACCAAACGCAGGAGGUGAACCAGGAGGCAAAUACAAACAGCACGGCACAGCCAGCUGAAAACUGUACAAAUUCUUUUGUGAAUGCACGGGAUGUGGAUCCCCAGCUCUCCGGCACAGCUGGGUUAGGCUUUACAGGCCCGGCAGCAGCAGCAGCAACAGCCAAGAGGGCUGUGAAUAGUGUGGACUCUACCACAAGCAGCUCGUUGCAGGUUUCUGUUUCCCCUUCAACUGCCCCAUCUGCAUCAGAGACUUUCCCUCCGUCAGCAAUAAUGCUGAAGCAGAGCUUUAUGGAGAAACUGUCAGCAGCUGUCUGGAAAAAUCUCGCCAACCCAGAUGCAAACACUGGGACUGAUAAAAUUAACUUCACGUAUCUUUUGACACGUUCGAUUCAGGCAUGCAAGACAAAUCCUGAGUAUAUUUAUGUUCCUCUGAAAGAGAUCGCCCCUGCUGACCUCCCCAAGAGCAAGAAGCUCCUGACAGAUGGCUUUGCCUGUGAGGUGCGAUGUCAGAAUGUCUACCUGGCCACUGGCUACGCCGGCAGCAAGAACGGGUCCCGGGAUCGAGCCGCGGAGCAGGCAGUGAAGCUGCUGAAGAAGUCCGUGGAAGUUCGAGUUGUCCAGCGGAAGUUCAAGCACACCUACCACGAGGACCUGGUGGUGUGCGAGGCGGGCGUGUGUCGCACGGAUUUCCCUCCUGCUCUCAAGCCUCACGAGGAGUUUGUAGUUGCCAACAGGGACUGUGUCCCACUGCAGCCUGGUACUGAAGCCGUGAAAGGUUCCGCCAAUACCAACAAACACUGGACUAGUUUUGUCCUCACGGAGAACGCCAGUGACGCAAUAGGAAUAUUGAACAAUUCUGCCUCAUACAACAAAAUGUCUGUUGAAUAUAAGUACGAAUUGAUGCCCAACCGCUCGUGGCGGUGUCAGGUGUAUCUCCAAGAUCACUGCCUGGCCGAGGGGUUUGGCACGAAAAAGACCAGCAAGCACGCAGCAGCUGAGGAGGCCCUGAAAAUCCUGCAGAAGAUGCAGUCAAAUAUAGCAUCCCUCAAAGUGACCCAGGUGCAGAAAGUGGGCUGCUCGUCGCGGGGCUCUGGGAGGAAGAAGGACCUGAAGGACCUGGUGAUCUAUGAGAACUCCAGCAAUCCCGUGUGUACGCUGAACGACACCGCCCAGUUCAACAAGAUGACGGUGGAGUACGUGUUUGAGAGGAUGACAGGCAUGCGAUGGAAAUGCAAGGUGAUGCUUGAGGAUGAAUUCAUCGCAGAAGCAGUUGGAGUGAAGAAAUCUGUCAAGCAUGAGGCAGCAGAGGAAGCUGUGAAAAUCCUCAAAAAGACUCAGCCAACUGUUGUUAAUAACCUGAAGAAAGGCACCGUCGAAGACGUCAUCUCCAGAAAUGAGAUCCGGGGUCGAUCAGCAGAAGAGGCUUUCAAACAGAAGAUCAAAGAAGACAACAUUGGGAACCAAAUUUUAAGAAAGAUGGGCUGGACAGGCGGUGGCCUAGGGAAAGAUGGUGAAGGAAUUAGAGAGCCUAUUUCAGUGAAGGAGCAGUUUAAAAGGGAAGGACUUGGGCUUGAUGUAGAAAGGGUGAACAGAAUUGCUAAAAGAGAUAUUGAAGAGAUCAUUCGAAACUAUGCACGCUCAGACAGUCACAUUGACUUGACUUUCUCUAGAGAACUGACCAUGGAUGAGCGGAAGCAGAUACAUCAGAUAGCCCAAAAAUAUGGUCUUAAAAGUAAAUCCCACGGGCAGGGACACAACAGAUACUUGGUGGUGAGCAGGAAGCGGCGCAAGGAAGAUCUGUUAGACCAGCUGAAGCAGGAAGGCCAGGUUGGGCAUUAUGAGCUUAUCAUGCCCCAAGCAAACUGAGGUGAGGUGUCCCCUUAGACCAGAGACUGAGCUUCCCAGACACUCGACUAAAGAAAGAGAUGCUGCAUUUUUCUUGUGGGUAAUAAUAUCAUCUUUUACUUUGGCAAUAUAAUUUCUAAAAUGUUUUUAGGCGUUUAGAACCGACCGAGUUCUGUUCCAGUACAUUAGCACAACCCAAAAGCAGUAGUGCAGUUACUGUAUGUGUCUUUGAUAUUACUUGUUCCUUCACAUUUUAAUAGUUUUGUAAUAGCAAACACACAUGUCCAAUGAGAAGGAAUUUGACAUCAUUUAAAAUCAUAGGUCCAUUAUUCUUCUUGAACAAGGAAGGAAAAAGAAGCCUCUUUUUUUUUUUUUUUUUUUUUAAAUAAUUAAAAAAAACAAAGGAAAUGCAGUCAGGGGGCAUAAACCUGUAUGUAAAAUUGAUAUUAAUGACAAUAAAGUUUUAUUUCUGGAAAAAAAGGAUUUGUCACACUUUGUAUAAAAAAAAGUGUGAAAACUGUUUAUUCUUGAGAAAUACAUGUAUUGAGGUCUUGUCUCUGCCACGUGUGUAUGUACAGUAUGUAAACCUUAACCAGCAGUACAGUUUUAUUCAUAGAUUUCUACCCCAAGUCUCCCAUUCUGAGAAUCACUGAAGGCACCUUCGUGGCCAGCGUAUUGGACUGAGAGAAUUCCAGCGCCUUUCUACCUUGGAGAACUGCUUGACAUGUGCAAAUGCCAUGGUGAAGUGUGAAAUGUAAAAACUGGAGGUAAAUGCAGAGCCCACGCUCAAAGAUGCUCAUGUAGCUUGUGGGGACUGUUAUAUAACUUAUUUUUUUACUUUGAAUAUCAGCUCUUUAAUCCUGA